AAUAAAUAUAUACGAUAAGCUUUAAAUUCAUUUUGAGAUUUAAAAUUAAUCAGUGAUAGUUUUUCUCUUCAAUGAGAAUGUUGAAGCAAAUUUGUAAUUUUUUUAUUGUCACCACUUUUUUGAUCAAUGGAAUUAUCUCCUUUCCAUCAGUUGUUGAAGAAUCUAUAAAUUCAAAUGUGGAAAAUAAUAUAAGAGAACAUGAUGAAAAUAUAAAAGAAAAUAAAUCAAAACAUUCAAUUGAGGAAAUUCAAAAUGCCGUAUAUUUUCCCCCAUCAAAUGGAAAUCUCAUGCAUCAUAUAACAGUGAGAAUAAAAAAUGAUGUGAAUAAUACAAAAAAUUGUGCAAUUAAAGUAUGGCGUGAAAAUUCAACAGAUUCACCAAUAACAAUUGAAUGUGAUGAGGAAUUAAGAGAAAAAAGAAAUGUAUCACCAAAUCCAAAUUCACCAACAAAAUUAAAUACAAAUGAUGAUGAUGUGAAAAAAUUUGCAACAAUUGGAGUGGAAAAAUAUGCACACACAAUGGUGAAUUCAAGUGCCUCGUCAUUAGAGGAAAUUAUCGAUGCCUAUAGUUAUCCAUCAGGACAUAGUCUUUAUUAUAAGAUAAAAAUACAAAUGAACAAUUGCAAUGGAAAAGAAAUUGAUAGUUGUAGAAAAAUGAAAUGUAUUGUUUAUGUUUGGAGGGAGAGAAUACUUGAUCAUCCUGUGAGUAUUGAGUGUGAUCCAAUUGUGUAUCGAAGAAAAAGGAUAAUUAAUCCCUUAGUGCGGGAAUACAACGAAAUUAAUAAUUUAUUUAGCAGAAGAAUGAAACGAGAACAGGAUUUAAAUAUAGAUGAUCCGGAGAUAAGGAAAUAUGUCGAUAUAGCAGUGGAAGGACACGAAUCACCGGUACCAAAUGCCAAAGACAAAAUAAGUAUUCUGUUGCAAUUUAAAGAAGCAACAUCCUAUCCACAUGGGGAUAAAUUACGUUACAAAAUAAAAUUGAGAAUUGGUAAUAAUAAUUGCACGAAGGGAAGUGAUGAUGGUAAUUGUAGUUACGAUUCUCAAUUUGGACACGAUGAUUGUGAAAUUAAUGUCUAUAGAGAGGACAACAAGGAGAGGGUUGAAACCCAAUGCUCCAGAAUUGGUAGAAGGAAACGUCAAGUUAGCAAUUUACCAUCGGUUAAUUUGAGUAUGGAUGAUCCGGAUAUUAGGAAAUACAUUGACGAGGUACUGAAGAAUCAUGUCUCGUCAGUGGAUAAAGCGGAAGUUAAAAAAUUAAUUCUUCGAACAUUCGAAGAAGCACUAUCCCAACCUUCCGCAAUUAAAAUCCGUUAUGAAAUAAAAUUAACAUUGGGAACUUCUAAUGGUAGCAAGGAAACUGAUUGCAUUUACGAUUCUGAAAUUGGAAAUGAAAUUAAUGAUCCGGAACCUCUAACAGAAAAGCUGUGUUCAAAAAUUCUUAGAAGGAAACGUAAAGUUAACAAUUCAUCAACUAAUUUGAAUAUGGAUGAUCCGGAGAUAAAGAAAUAUGUCGAUAUAGCAGUGGAAGGACACGAAUCACCGGUACCAAAAGCCAAAUACAAAUCAAGUAUUCUGUUGCAAUUCAAAGAAGCAACGUUAUAUCCACCUGGUGAUAAAUUACGUUACAAAAUAAAAAUGAGAAUUGGCAAUAAUAAUUGCACGAAGGGAAGUUCUACUAGUAAUUGUAUUUACGAUCCUCAGUUUGGACAUGAUGAUUGUGAAAUUAAUGUCUAUAGAGAUGAUUACAAGGAGUGGGUUGAAACCCAAUGCUCCAGAAUUGGUAGAAGGAAACGCAAUUUACCAUCGGUUAAUUUAAAUAUGGAUGAUCCGGAGAUAAGGAAAUAUAUCGAUAUGGUAGUGGAUAAACAUGUUUCACCGGUAGCUAGUGCCAAAGAUAAAACAAGUAUUCUUCAUGAAUUUAGAGGAGCUAAAUCUUAUCCCCCUUCUGAUAAGAUUCAGUAUAAGAUAAAUUUGAGAAUUGGAAGUAGCAAUUGUACAAAAGGAACUAAUGAUCAUAAUUGUCAGUAUAAUGAUGAGUUUGGUUAUAGUGAUUGUGAAAUUGAUGUAUUUAGGGAAACAAAUAUGGGACCUGCUGUAACAACAUUGUGCUCGAGAAUUGAUUGAAAGAAAAGAGAAGCUCCAGUUGAAGAUUCAUCAUUAGUUAUAGUAUUUAUGGAUAAAUUUGAGAUUAAGAAAUUCCGCUUAAAGAAAUUUAGAACAUGGAAAAAUUAUUUUUUUGAAAAUCUACUGCUGUAAUAUGUUUUGUAAAAAUACUGAAGAAAUAUAUUUGGAAUACUUUUUAA